CAGACCUCCUGCAGUGAAAUAGAACAGAUAACUUUUUAGGCCAGCUCCAGAAGACCCAGUCUGUGUUUGGUUAUCACCUUUUCGGACAAAAAAUUUGGGGCCCAGGAUGAAUAAGACAAGGGCAGUUAAUGAUGCUUUUCCUUUCCUGAAUAGUAAGAACUUCAGCUCAAAUCGAAGCUUCCCCUCACACCUUUCAAAUCAGUGCAGGAAUGUCACUGACCUUACUGUUUUUCUGGCCGCCUCUUACAGUUUGGAGACUGUUCUAGGCAUUGUGGGAAACAUCUGCCUGAUUGCUGUUAUAGCCAGGCAGAAGGAAAAGACCAAUGUCACCAACAUCCUCAUUUCCAAUCUAAUAAUUUCAGACUUGUUUAUGUGUCUUGUCUGCCUGCCUUUCACUGUUGUUUACACCAUGAUGGACUAUUGGAUAUUUGGGGAGGUCAUGUGCAAAAUGACCUCUUUCACACAGUGCACAUCUGUGACAGUGUCAAUUCUUUCCCUUGUCCUUAUUGCUCUGGAAAGACACCAGCUGAUCAUAAACCCAACUGGUUGGAGGCCAAGCAUCUCCCAAGCCUAUCUAGGAAUUGGAGUCAUUUGGACUUUAGCAUGUCUCAUGUCUCUUCCCUUUUUGACCACAUCCAUCUUGUCUAACGAUUUGUAUGAACAGCUCUCACACAUCAUGAAUUUUUCCUACGACAAGGCCAUAUGCAUUGACUCGUGGCCUUCUGAGCAACACAGGCUUAUCUACACCACUACUCUACUUCUUCUGCAGUACUGCAUCCCACUGUUCUUCAUUAUACUUUGCUAUCUGCGUAUCUACUUACGCCUACAGAAGCGAAAGGACAUGUUUGAGAAGAGUGAAUACAGUAACCGAGCAGUCCAGCUAAGAAGGAUAAAUAUUUUGUUAGCAUCCAUGGUUGCUGCUUUUGCUGUUUGCUGGUUACCACUGCAUGUUUUCAACACCAUUGUGGACUGGAAUUACAAGAUCAUUUCACCUUGCCACCACAAUCUUAUCUUCUCAUUGUGCCACUUGGUAGCCAUGGCUUCUACCUGUGUCAACCCUGUCAUCUAUGGUUUCCUCAAUAGCAACUUCAAAAAAGAAGUGAAGUCACUGAUUCUGAGCUGCCAGCAUAAUUCAGUAACUGCAUCAAUGGAAGAAUAUGAUCAUUUACCUUUAUCCACUAUGCAGACAGAAGUCUCCAAGGGCUCACUGUCAUUGAAUUGCAGACAUAACUCUAUCUAGCCAGCAGAAAGCACUUCAGAGGUUGUACUGACACCACACAGCAGUCAUACCUGCAGGUAUAAAAGCAACUGGUGAUGCCAAAGCUGGAAUGCAAACAGGAUCCCACUGCUGCCUGAUUUUUCUAAGAACAAGCAAAGAAAGUUAGUAAAUGCAUUCAGUGGCUCCUGGGGCGUGCGAGGUGUUUGUGUCUUUGAGGAGGUGCAGACUGGUGUACAAACCGCUGCUCUGCCAGCUCAAUGGAUAAGCUGUGGUGCACCUAGACUGACAUUGGGUCUAUCAGCUAAGUUCACAUCUCCAGCACGGCUGAGGUAGAACCUCAUGCAUCCAACGUCACCACUGCAGGCUGCCAAAGCUGCAUUCGCAAAGGCUUCAUUUUUCAGUAUUAAGACUUUUUAUGUACUGAUGACACACCAGGGGAACAGAGACAUGUGAAUAUAUAUAUAUUUUUUGUGCUUUCCUAACUGACAAACUGUUAGCAUUCAGCAGAUCCAAUCUGCAUCAAACAGCUGGAGGUCAGUCCAGAACUUCUCCUUCUUGUCACACGGGCUUGGAAAUUGCCAUUGUCCACAGAAGUUGGGGCAAAGAACAAGAAAGAUGAAAGUUACUGACAGAGGAGCAGUGGGAAAUGAAAAUGUUACUUGAAUUAAGCUCUUGGAAUACAUUGACAUGAUGCAGAAUGCUAUUUUCAAGCAAAUGAAAAACAGUUGCAGAUCUGCAUGGAAAUGAAUCUAGUUGGUUUUGCAAUUCCUGCUGCUGGCAGUUACAAAGCUCUGCAAAGUUAGAAGCACACACCAUGAUGAGAAAAGGUGACUGUGUUACUGGAGAUGUUUCAUGUCUUGGUAGCAAGAUUUCACUUCUGCUUCAGCAGCAAAAUACUCAUUAGUUCCUUGGUGCUCUAAUUGCAUCUAAUUCAGAAAGUCUGAACAUGCAUGAAAAGCUGUUCGAAGAAGCCUUGUUUUUUCAGAGUGUGUACAGUCCCAAAGAAAUAAGUGUACACAUGCAGACCAUUUCCUAUUAACAUAGAAGUGGAUAUCAGACAUCAGUUCCACUCACUGACAGCAACAACAAAGAUGGAGCUGAAUAAGAAUACGUAACUGGAAUCCAGGUCAGAUGGAAACACAAACCUUAAAACCAAGCUACAUGUAAAUAAGCAGUAUAGUAAGGAGAUGUUGCUCAGUGACUGCUGAGGAAUAAAGAAAGCUCAUACUGAGGAAAAAAAAGAUAAAGAAAAGAGUGAGAAGUUCAUUGUAAAAAAAUUUGUAAAAAAAAAAUUGAAACCAUCGAGUUUAUUCAAAAUGAAGUAGAUUAAUAAUAAAGAAAUACAGAACUGUGUUCUGUCCUGUGUUUUUAAACUAACCUUAGCAGUAGGCUGACUAUGUGGCCAAAUUAGGUUAUUUCUAUCUUGAAUUAUGUUAUUACUUAUCACAGGUCAUUACUCUUUGUAGUUAAAGGGUUUGCACAGAGUUGAAGCUAUCUAAUGUACAGUUAUGCAGAAAUCUUCCUUCAACUUGAUUUUGGAAAGAUUAUCAGUCUUGACAGGCAAUGUUAAUUUGGGACUGAGCAUCUGAAGGCAUAAGCAAGCUCUUAGCUCUUAAGCUUAUAGGGUAACAAGAGCCAUUAAGGAUGAAUUCACAGUUGCAGAUGGCAAAAAUGGAAGUUAAAUCUCAUCCAUGUACUGGGGCACAGAAAUUGGUGGCAAAGCUUCAGGUUUGGACCUUCAGUUCUUGCAUGUAGAAUCUUCAGGCAGAAGGUGUUCUGACAGCCACACUUCUUACUCUGGGCAGAACGUGUGUAUGUCAACUGGAGAGUUCAUGUGAUUUCUUUUUGCAUCUUCCUCAACUACUUGGCAAGACAUUUUUGCUUCUUUCAUGUGGCCUUCUGCUGCAUCUUUUGUUUUUCUUUAACUUAUCUCUUGCUUUUCUUGGUUCUUUGUAUGCAAUGUCAUUUCUAGACUGGAUAUCAAGCCCAUUAGAAGAAAUGCAGAACAAGAGGACACAUUUUAUCUUACCCUGAAUUAAAAGUUUUUUAGUUUUCUGUUGUAGCUGAAAGCAGAGCUGAUACAACCUUGCAAUGCUGAGUAGUAAAAAUAUAUUAAUGUCUCAUAAACAACUUCACUCUUACCAGAACUGUGUUGUAUUAUUUGAGUGCAUGAAUACCAAUUACAUUUUGGAGUGUUUUUAUAUGUUGUUCAUCUAAUCAGUUGAGUAAUUCUGCCUGUUCUAUUUGCUUGUUACAAUUUCAGCACCUAACUAAUGUAUGUCAAGCUACAGUAAAAAUAUC